ACAAGCUCUGCAGACUUCUGCACAGACGACGCCAACAAUGCCUGAGGUUGCAACAUGGCAUGGCGUUUGAAUGAGAGCGUUGUGAUUCUGAAUGCAAAAGGUACGGUAUCUACCUACUGAAAUUAGAGUCAGUGCUAGUGUGAACCGUUGAUGGAGCUAUCUGCAAUUGAAGGGAGGGCGGUGAGCACUGCAUUCGCAAAUGCGAAAUCGCUACUCAUGGGUGACUAGGCUGCCAGUAGCCGCCACGCAGACAAGGGACAGGGAAGAGAAAGUCGGAGGCAAGCAUGGCCCGAGGGAGAAGACCUCAGCUGACGGCCCCUCCAGAAGAAACAAUCCCCAAGGUGCUCUCUGAGUGCCAGAGGACAACAGCAGUGCACAAGAGGAGCGUGGGACUUCUGCAGCAGUGUCGACGGGACUUCCCAGCAGCUUUUUGCAAUGAGUUCGUCCGGUGCAUUACCCCUGCACUUCUGGUGUAUAAGCAGGAGCCAGCAGUGACCAGGACCAUCAACUUCAUCGCAACAUUUGCAAGUGCCCAAGACACGGUGGGGCCGCAAGAUGCGUCCGAUGACUUUGUCGAGGAGCUCCUGGGCUUCCUUCUCGACAGCACGCAGUCGCGCGACAAGGCGCUCCGGUAUCGCUCUACUCAGCUCGUGGCCAAGAUCAUCGAACUGCUACCCGAGGAUGCGGGCAUCUCCGAUGAGGUCUGGGAAGGGGUCUGCGAGCACAUGCAGGCACGGCUGCGCGACAAGCAGCCUGUGAUCCGCGCCAAGGCAGCGCAGGCCCUGGCCCGGCUGGUGGAACCAGGAGAGGACGGCAGCUUUGAAGAUGACCCAGUCACCUCCGCCUACAAAGUGCUCCUCACAAAUGACAAGAACAGUGACGUGCGCAAGGCGGUGGUGGCCUCAUACCCCAUGGCUGAGCCGUUGCUGCCUGACGUCAUCGAGCGGACGCGCGAUGUCAGCGAUGCAGUCCGCAGGGUGACCUACAUCGCCCUGCGGACCAAGCUCUAUGUCUCCAGAUUGAGCCCUCAGCAGCGGGUGGAACUCCUGCGCCGUGGCCUGUCUGACCGCGCCCCGGCCGUGCGCGCCGAGUGCGUCAAGAUGGUGUGCGACUACUGGUACGUGCGCGACUGCGGGAGCGACCCGCUGGCCCUCAUCGACCUGCUGCACGUGGAGGAAGGAGCGGAAGAGGAGGACGGCCAAUGGAGCCACGAGGAGGUGGCGGAGCGGGUGCUGCUGGAGCUGCUGCGGGGGGGGCACGCAACGUUGGAGAAGGGGGCCAGCCUGAGGGACUACCUGCAGGCACCAGACACACGGGCGGGCCGCACACCUGGGCGCGCAAGCCCGCGCUCCAUUCUCUCCCCUGGACCGGUCAGCCCCCCAUUUGGUGGGGCCACCGCCGCUGUUGGCGACACCGAACUGCCCUCUGAGGGCCCCGUAUUGAUGAGCCCCUCGGAGGCGCUCUACUGGCGGGUCAUCUGCCAAUGGCUCCACAAGCAGGCCGAAACGCAAGGAAAUGAGGCCGCAAACUCUGGGGGGGCGCAGGCGGAGGUGCUUGCCGCUGAGGCGGACGAGAGCCGCGCGCUGCUGGAGGGGUUCCUGCCUGCGACCGUGGCGGAGUUCGUGGAGCUGACGCGGAUGCACCUGGCGGGAGGGGGGGACCACCGCUUUGCCGCCCGCCAGCUGAUGGCGCUCGCGGGCUGCCUGGACCUCACGGAUGCAGCCGGGCGAAGGGCGGCCGCGGGCCUGGUGCAGGCCCUGCUGUGCGGCUCGGCCACCUCUUCUCACGGCAGCCCCCUCAACACCCAUCAGAAGUCCCCCACCAAUCCCCUGCGAGACUGCCAAGUCGCAGCCGGCCCCGACCUAGGGACCGACCGCAAGUGGGCGCACGCUGUGAGCACCCUGGCCCGCCACGUGCACGCAGCCCCGGGCGAGUACGUGGCAACGCUGUUCGCAGCGGUCCACGAACUAGACAGGCGGGCAGAGGACGUCGAAGGGACGGCCGGCGGCGAGGCGGCCAGGGAGGAGGCCCGGCUGCGGUGCCUGGCGGUGGCGGCGCUGCUGCUGGAGGCGGUGAAGGGGCUGCCGGAGCUGCAGGAGGCGGACGCACGCGCGACGGCGGUGCUGGAGCAGGCUGUGGCGGCGCAGGUUCACCACGCGAGCCCCCACGUUCGCAGCGCCGCGCUGCGCUGCCUGGCGCUGCUGUGCCACCUGGACGGCGGCCAUAGCCAGCAGUUCUCGCCCCUGCUAUGCGCCGCUGCGCAGAGCGAGGCCUCGCCCGCCGCCAGAAUCGUCGCCCUCAAGGCCCUCUUCGACGUCGCGCUGAGGCACGGGCCAGACUGCCUCAAUCCGGAAACAACCGUCGAACAAAGUCCAGUCUCGGGAGGGGCGAGAAGAGGGCACCCGGGGGAAGGCUCACCGGGCUCAGCAGCUGAGUCGUUUCAGUCGGCGCUGUCCUCCCGGGGCACAUCCUUCCGGUCGGCCGUGUCCGGGGUCCAGGCGGAGGAGCUGAUGGAGACAGCGCAGAGCCCGCUGCCACGUGGCAGGCCCGCCCAGGACGAGAGCACCGUCACGGCGGAGGGCCCCUCCGGAAACUUGCCCCCGCACUCGGACCCCCUGGCUUUCCUAGCACAGUUCCUCGACCCUAGCGCAGACUUGCUCGGCGGUGGGGCACCUGAGAAGGGCGGCAAGAGGCCGAAGAGCGGCAAGGGCAAGAAGGGCCCCGGGAAGAAGGGGGGCGACGCCGGCGUGGGGCGCGAGGCGGUGGAGGUCGCCGCGGAGGGCUUUGCGAAGCUGCUGCUGUUCGACCGGGUCCCGCGCCCCGGGGCCCCGCUGGCGCAGCUGCUGCUGCUGCACUUCGACGCCGUCACGGAGCCGCUGCUGCGCCUGCGCCAGUGCCUCGCCGUCUUCUUCGACUACUACGCGGCGUCGGCCGCGGAGCACAAGAGGAGCAUCAGCGGCGCAUUCUUGGACGUGGUCCGCCUCGCGUGGACGGGGCACGCCGUGGACGGGAAGCUGACCUCCGCUGCCGCCCGCAAGAGAGCAGCCACGGCCGCAAAGUUCAUGCUCCAUCUGCUGCAGCAGCCGCCCCUCCACCAGCCGAAGCCCGCCGCAGCCCCGACCCCUGCUCCCACCUCGGAGGACGAGGCCGCCUCGACGCAGACCGUGGACCCCGCCCCUCGGGGGAUCCCCCCGACCGAGGACGAGGGCCAGGAGCAGCUGGCGCUGGACCUGGCCGCGGAGAUCCUGGGGUGCCCGGAUAAGAGGAGCGCCGGGGGCAAGGCUUACGUCAGCAUGCUGGCGAGGAGCGUGGCCGGGCUGACGUUCCGGCGGAGCGAGCAGGAGGCGAUCAAGAGGAUGAGGAAGCUGCUCGACUGGCUGCGCGACGUGCUGCAGUUCGACAAGGCGGUGUCCAAGGAGCUGGCCGCCAUGGCAACCCGCCUGGCGCACCUGGACGACACGCCCGCAGAGCCGCUCUCCGACGAGGCGCUGCGCAGCCUCCAAGCGCUGGCGGAGGCUCAUGCUCGUGCCGCUGAUGAAGGCGCCGAAGGCCGGCCGCGCAGCCGAGCGAAAAGAACGUCCAAGGCCGGCGCUUCGGACACUACUGCAGUCCGUAGCUCCAACGACGAAGUGACUGCCGACAGGCCUGAUGACGUCAUCAGUGACAAGCGUCGGGCCGUAAGGCGCCCCACCCGGCAGAGCAAGACGGCGGCCCUGACCAGAAUGGGCGACCAGAAGAAGGCGGCCUUUGCCGGGGACACGGACAGCUCCCACGAGUCGGAGGACAGCGGAUCGGAGGCCUUCGAGGGGGAGGACGAGGGGGCUGCCUCGCAAGGAGCGCGCACAUCGCAGCGACACGUGGGCAGGAAUGGCGGGGGGUCUGAUAGUGAUGAAGGGUCGGAUGACGAGGCGGCAGAAGGUCGGUCUGGGGGCGUUCAGAAGCAGCAGGUGCAGGGGGGCCGUCGCGACAGUGCGGGGUCGGCGGCCGGCAGUGAGCACGGGCAAGGGUCCCAGGGACAAGGCGGGCCGCAGGAGAGCGAUGUGGGAGAAGGGGAGAGCGACGAGGACAGCGGCGAGCCUGGUGUGGCAGCGGAGGAAAGGGGGAGCACCGAAAGGCAUAGUGCACGUGUGUCAGGCUCGGUCACCAGCGGGGCUGAGGAAAGCGACGACGUCAGCGGUGAGGUGCGUGCUGGGCGGCCGAGGCGGGGCGCUGCGCUGGGGGAGCGCCGUCGUCGACUGGUGCUGGAGGAGUCGAGCGACGAGGAGAGCGGGCAGGGGAGUGCGGGCGAGGAAGAAAAGGACGAGAGUGCACGACUCGUAGCUAAGCGCGAGGAGGAGAGCCAGGUGACAGUGUCGGACAGCCCCAAGGGGGCGGCGGAGGAGAACGCAUCCUCGGACGGGGACAGUGAAGAAGUGGCACCGGUGGUGGUCAGGAGGAAAGCGACUGCGAAACGAAAGGUAGUCCUCGAUAGCAGCGAGGAUGAGGAAGAAGAGGCGGACAAAGGGGAGGUGGCCAGACACACCGAAGAUUCUGACAGCGACGGAACCAGCUUUUCCAGCGCAGAAGAGCAAGAGCUAGAUUCUGACAGCGACUAGCUUGUGCAUCGAGUUGGUCGUGGAUGGGCGCGUCUCUCGUGAGUUCCAAGUUCAGGAGUGAUUUUGGAUUUUGUGUGUCGAGCUGGAGUUGCCAUUUAACAGACAUGCAGUGAGACAGUGGUCCAUACGUGAAGGCAGACGGUGCUUGGUGUCCUCGUCGGCCAUAUGAAUUGCAGCGGUUGAGGCCAUGCAACUGCCUAGGAGUAUUACUUGGCCUCGGUCUCAUUUCUCAGAAACACUACCAGCUAUACUGGAAAUACGAGUCGAUUGCGAGAUUAGAAGGCCUUUGUCCGAGGUUGAGCAGGCAAUUCUGAUGGAAACGGCAGCUUUCUUCACGAGUCAGCUUCCGGGCCUGCGUUUCAAUUUAAUGUCAAUAGAAGGCCAGCGCACUGCUUUCUAUAUCGAUGUUGUUGGGG